CGACGUCAACGUCACUUCCGCUUUCUCGAUGCCGAAGUGAUCCUUAGAGUAAUGGCGGCGUGCCGGGGGUCUUCGUCGAAAUGGUUUUUCACCCGGGACCAACUGGAAAGCACGCCUUCCCGCCGAUGUGGAGUGGAACCGGACCGGGAAUUAUCCUACCGACAACAGGCAGCGAAUUUGAUCCAAGAUAUGGGUCAAAGGCUCAAUGUCUCCCAGUUAACAAUAAAUACAGCGAUUGUUUACAUGCAUAGAUUUUAUAUGCACCAUUCAUUCACCAAAUUCCAUAGGAACAUAAUAUCUCCAACUACAUUGUUCUUGGCUGCAAAAGUGGAAGAGCAACCCCGGAAACUCGAACAUGUGAUUAAAGUUGCACACGCAUGUCUGAAUCCGCAAGAACCGCCUCUAGACACAAAAAGUAAUGCAUACCUCCAGCAAGCUCAAGAGCUGGUGAUACUUGAAUCCAUAGUGCUGCAGACCCUGGGCUUUGAAAUUACUAUUGAUCACCCACACACUGAUGUGGUGAAAUGUACCCAGCUAGUGCGAGCAAGCAAGGAUCUGGCACAGACUUCCUAUUUCAUGGCUACCAACAGUCUGCACCUUACUACCUUCUGCCUCCAGCACAAGCCCACCGUGAUCGCCUGUGUGUGCAUCCAUCUGGCCUGCAAGUGGUCCAACUGGGAGAUUCCAGUUUCUACUGAUGGGAAACACUGGUGGGAGUAUGUGGACAACUCCGUAACUCUGGAGCUGCUAGACGAGUUGACUCACGAGUUUCUGCAGAUCUUGGAAAAGACUCCAAGUCGGUUAAAGAGGAUACGCAACUGGAGGGCAACACAAGCUGCCAAAAAGCCCAAGAGUGAAAACGCCCAGUUGAACGACAACUCAUUCGAUGGUCCUUCAGUUCUCCAAGGCGACAUGUGUCUUCCUGGAAGUUCCUCAUCCAACCCUAGCUUUUCCAAACUGGACACUGCCUUCCCUGUUCCCCUGCCGGGCCAGUCCAGAGGAGCUUCCCUUUCUAUGGACACUAUCAUCAAUGCCUACUUGCCAGCGAGCCACAGCGAGUGGCCACAGAGCAGCCAGAUCCAAACAGGGUACCAUUCUGUGUGUGUGAAGGAAGAACCCGUCAGUGUUCCUGUCCAAGACUCCGCGCUGGCUUUGCAGGCCUCUGGCUCCUCUUUGCUUCAGCAUCCACCUUACGGGGCUGAAAAGAUGACGGAGCUUAACUUUAUGAAACAAGAGCAGAAAGGUGCGGUUGGAGCAGCGGGGAAGCAUCAGCCACCUCCUCAGUUGGUUUACCCCCCUCCAAUGCAGCCUUCUCCAGCUUUGAAACUAUCUUUGGAUAAGUACAGAGAGAAACAUGCCGGGGAGUCUGCUGCCCCCCAGCAGAAGCGCAGGCAGGAGCAAGGGGAUGCGUCCUCGUCUGCUAUGUAUACGCCGUUCACUGUUAGCCAAGUAGAUUAUAGAAGACUGCCUCACCAGAGCUCCCACAGCGCUGGCAGCGGCACCACUGCCUCCCCGAUGAAGAUGAAGGGGCAGGAAAGACGGCACCACGGUGACAAACGGGACAAAAACUCAGUAAAGCUCUCCACAUCUAUGCCGGGGGCCGGCGGCGGUGUGCAGCUGGAGAGAAGCGGCCAGCUAAACAAAGAUGAGCUGAAGAUGAAGAUCAAAAUGUCUUCAUCCGAGCGCCACAGCUCCUCUGAUGAAGGGAUUGCUUCCAACAACAAGAACAAACAUUCCAGCCCGCUGGUCAGCAAGGAGAAGCACCGAGGAGGAGAGCACAACCUCCUCCACCGCCCCCACAAGCUCAGCCACCUCCACGCAAACAGCGGCAACGGGCGAGGGGCUGUGGAGGGGCCUGCGGGCCCGCUGCGGGGCCCCCCAGUGCUGAUCAGCAUGGAAGGAACGACGCACGGACACCCAACAUCCAACUCUCUGAGCUCAUCCUCGUCACGCAAAAGAAUCCACACAGAUGGGAGCCACAAUCACCACUCCUCCUCCUCCAGCUCCUUCUCCAAAGUGAGCAAACUUUCCAAGGGUGGCGCUGUCGCUGCAGGUGGGCUGCGGACCUCCCAGCCUCCUCCUGGUGAAUCUCCACACGAGCUGAGAGACCAGCGACACUGAGUCCGCCCGCCUUCCGGAGCCCCGGCCCGCGCUCGAACCCCGCAGACUCUGACUUUGAAGACUAUGCUCAACCUCUGCUAAGUGCCCAAGGACAAAGUCUCCAUAUUAAAAACCCUUUACUAAGGAGCAGAAAGCGUAUCUGCAUAAAAAAAGUUCUGUUGGACGUCAGUUUCUUAAAAAAAAUGAGUGAAUUGUGCUUCCCAACUUGUCACACCUCUGGAUUGCGAGACUCAACGCCGUCUUUCCCCGUGAACUGCUGCUCGUUCAAUUCCCUCGCGUGUUGCUCCUGGAACGUGUUGAGGGGUGUUCCUUUUCUGUCAGAUGAGAAAACAAGUAUUACAUGUUCCAUAGAAGCAUGGGAAGUAUACGUUUCCCUCCGUUUCCUUUUUUUAGACUACUAAUUUAAAUGAAUCACUCUUCUGUGGUUGCAUGGAGGAAGAAAGAGGCCAGCUGAAGAAGAUAGUCAUCUGCUGGCAUUCCAUUUCAUUUUUAUUUUGAUCUUGUCUCAUUUUUUUAUACUUCCAAACUGUGCAUUUUGAUUUGCAUGUUGCAAUCAUCAAAGGGAUGGAAAAGGAGAGCGCUUAUUGCUGUUUACAAAAAACGGAGAUAACAUGUUCAUACGUUUUUGUAUGUAAAGAAAAAGCUAUACCGUGACUACUCAGGUUUGGAGCUGCUUGUAAUUAUAAGAAAAAAAAGCAACAACAUGAAACCUAUACAUUAUUUUGGCGAUCGGUGCGAUGGGCAUCAUUGGACAAAUGGUUGCAGCAUUCCCUUUUGGGCUUCUUACGGCUUCACUGUAGGAGGUGCUUUGUUUCCUCAUAAACACCCUGCAACUGACACGUCUCACACCUCAUACAGCUGUUAGUGACGCCGUUUGUACCAAAAACCUGUUUACGACGGACACCUGAAGCUGGAUGCCAAAGGUUACAGCCAAAAGACGCAAAAGGACAAGGACAGUCGUAGGAACGAGACUUUUUACUGGAGGCAUCUUUACACUACACGAGUAUGAAGCUUUUAGAUGUCGGCCUUUGGAGUCCACUUGUUCAGAUGACCAUUAACGGUGUACACGAAGAAACGUUUGUCUUAUUCCCAUCCAGGAAGUUGUUUUUACUCGGGUAUCUUCUAAAAAAUUAUCAUGUCUCAGCUGUUCUUUACUGAAUCCAAAAUGUCUGCAGAGGCUGAAACGUCCACGCACAUUUGUUGAUUUAAAGUUCCGCAGAUCAUUUUGGAAGAGAACCCUCUCAAACAUUUCCCCCCAGAUUUUAUUUUCAGCACCAUGAAUAAACCAGAAGAGUUUCCACUGCUCUGAAAAUGAA